UUUAAGUGAAAAUCUAUUUUACCUCUGGUCAAUUUUGCUUCUCUCCCUACCUGACCUGGUGCAGGUAGGGUCCGAUCCAUGCCAAGGCAAGCCAUCUCUCCCGACUCCGAGCCCCCCGACCCGACCCAAACUAGGCGCCGGCGACUCCCGACCGCCGCAACCAGCCAGGGGGCGCCACCACCGCAGGGAGGGAAGUCUCUGGCGGCGCGCACGUGAGCAGCAGCCGAGUCGCUUCUACCCGCUCCCGGCGGCCCUUCGACGCCGGUCGCCGGUCCCUCCCGCCGGCCGACGCCGUGGCCAGAGAGGCCCACCAGCCGCCGCCGCUCCUCUCUCCCUCCCUCGGUAACUCUGCAGAAGCCGGCAGGCCUGCCGCCGCUCCUCUAUCCUCGCGCUCCUACCGUCAGGCGGCCCCGGCUCGGCCUCACUCCGGCUUGGGUUCCUCACUGCGCCGCCACCUGCCGCUCGUCAGUCUUCUCCCCGUUAUUCUGCCUCUGCUGAGGUCUCAAGUACUAGCCUUCAGUUGGACCAAUACACUGCCUUUUGUGGUAUAGUGAUGGAAGGCACUAGCAUUGCUAUUGAGAUUGAUGGGGAGGCCAUCUGUCUUGACAGUGUCAGAGAUAAUGAACAAGAAGCUCAGAAGAACGGAGAGAAGCAGCAAAUAAUUUACAACGCUGAAGGUGGGGAGCAAGUAGCCUUUGACAGCCAAGAACAGGGAAGGGAGGCAAAUCCUGCGGGAAAUGAAGAAGAGCAUAGGGAAAAUAAUUCUAUAAUCCCAAGCCGUGAGGAGUUGACUGAAGAAUUGAGGAAUAAAGUUGCAUAUAGCGAGGAAGAAGCUUAUAGGCUGUACUGCGACUAUGGGCACCGGAUGGGCUUUAGUGUCCGGAAGGGAAAGCAGUACUACUUUACAGGGACCAAAACUAUCCGCACGAAAGAUUAUUACUGCUCAAAGGAAGGUAUGAAGGAUGACGAGCAGCUUACAGAGUCAAACUUUAAUAAGCCGGAGACUAGAACUAAUUGCAAAGCGAUGGUCCGUUUUAGAGUUGAUGCUGAAGGUCAAUGGCGAGUUAUUCAGAUAAUUCCUGAACACAAUCAUGAGUUGGUUCGGCCUGAAGAGAUACACUUACUGAGAUCAGUGAGGACCCUUUCAGUUCCAAAACCUGGUGUGCUGAAUGCAAUGGUGAAUGCUGAAAUCCAAGCAAUGCAUGAUAGUUUGCAUAUAAAUGAAGAUGGUAUGGAAUGUAACAGUCAGCUUAGCAUCCGGAGUUACUCACUGCUUCAACCAGAGGACUCUGAGGCACUUGUUAGCUAUUUCAAGCACAGAACAAAUGAACAAGGUAUGUUCUACUGGGAUGUAGAAGUAGACCAAGAAGGUCGAAUGAUUAAUUUCUUUUGGAGGGAUGGGAGAAGCCGGGUCGACUAUGACAGUUUCGGAGAUGUUGUGAUAUUUGAUACAACAUAUCGUACCAGCAAGUAUAAUAUGAUAUGUGCCCCAUUCAUUGGUGUGAAUCACCACUGGCAAAAUGUCAUGUUUGGCUGUGCAUUGUUGUUGGAUGAAUCCUCAACAUCCUAUGAAUGGUUAUUUAAGUCAUUCUUGGAGUCAAUGGGUGGUCGUCCUCCUAAAACAAUCUUUACUGAUCAGAAUGAAUCUAUCUCCAAGGCAGUUGAAGAUGUUCUUCGUGGGACACGUCAUUGCCUUUGUCAACAGUACAUCGAAAAGAACCUGCAGUCCCAUUUAGGCACUAUAAGUGCUUCUGGAACAUUUCAUAGCAUGCUUUCAAAGUGCAUGAAAGAAUGUGAGUCAGAAGCUGAGUUUGAUGAAGCAUGGGCAAUGAUGCAUCAUAAAUAUAAUAUGCAGGAACACCAGUGGCUCAGUGAUCUAUAUCAGAAGAGGCAUAAAUGGUGCACAGCUCUUCAUAAGGAUGUAUUUGAUGGUGGGAUUGAAUCGUUGGAUAGGGGUGAGAGCUCAAACAAUGUUCUGAGCAGCAUUUGUGAUGAAUCAACUUCACUCGCCACUCUAGUUCUGGAGUUUGAUAAAAUCGUAGGGAGUUGGCGUAAAAAUGAAUCUUUAGAGGACAUUCAGUGCAAUCAGACUGCUCCAGAGUGUACAGUUAACCACAGCAGAAUUUUGCAACAUGCCGCUGAAGUUUACACACACACAGUCUAUAAGUCUCUUGAAACAGAUUUUCUAGAUGGAUGCGGUGCAACUUCGUAUCAGGAAGUUCAAUGUAAUGAAACAUUCUAUAGGUUUGAGUUUAUUUUACAAAGAAGUGGUCCAAAAGUUUGGAUAGUUUUCCUUGACACCUCUACCAUGGACUUGAGCUGUAGUUGUAAAAAGUUUGAUACCAUGGGCAUACUUUGUUCACAUGCUCUAAAUGCACUUGGUCUCAAGAAUCUUGAUAGAAUUCCUGAAAGGUAUAUUUUAAAGCGAUGGACAAAAUAUGUUAGAAAAGGAACAUAUCCAUUUCCAGUUGACGAGUUUGCAGAACAAGAUCGCACAGAGGCUGAGCUUGCAUAUCAUAAUAAAGCUAUGUGGUUUGUUUAUGAUCUGCUCAUGAAGAGCAAAAGUCAUCAAAAUACAAGAAAACUUAUUCUGGAUGUGCUUGAAAAUGGAGAAAAGUCACUGGAAAGUGUGUGUGAAUUCAAAAGAUUGCAUAUGCAUCCCUCGGGAAAAGAGAAAGAUGGAAGUAGGGCUGAAAAGAGAAAGAAAAAAUCAACUAGACAGGAGAAACAUUCAAGAAAUGUAAAACAAGUGGUUUUGCCCCAGCCAGCUGACUCGGUUUUUGUCGAUCCACCAAAUCAAGUCCAAUAUUAUGCAGCAGAAGAUAUUGCACCAAACUCGUCUAUUGGUAGACCUUUCUUCUACCAGGGAUAUCCUGCUACUGGUGUUUCAGUAAGUCCGAUUGAGGGGCAUACAAAUAUGCAAUCUGUGCCUCAGUGUGCAUCACAGGAAUAUUCAGCAUACGGCGCAGUUCAACCACCAUCGCAAUUUGGUGGUGGAAGAAAUUUCUGAAAGAUGCAGUACCAUUGAUGUGUGAAUAUCUGAAGCUCGCAUUUGUUCUGCCGAUUGUUGUAUGUGAAUGGUUUAUUGAACAUUCUACUUAGGCAGUAGGCACCAACCAAGCAACUCUCUCUCUCUCUCUCUCUCUCUCUCUCUCUCUCUCUCUCUCUCUCUCUCUCUCAAUGAAUUUGCUAAUUGAUGAACUAGAUGUAAAUCUCUUCUUCACGUAAUCGUAUGCAAUGGAUCAGUGGAAGCAUCAUGCAGUAGAAAACUACACAAAUAAGAA